AUGUCCGUCUCUCCUCUAUCAGUGAGUAUACGCGAAUUUGUCUAUUAUAUAUAUGUACGAGUAAUACUGCCUACAUCUGCAGACGGUUGCCCCGACGGCCUCCGGCACCAACACACGCACUCAGACAUUUUAGAUUUCUUUUUCUUUUUCUUUUUAUUCGUCUUCUUUUCUGUUUCAGUUCAAUCAGCAGUGAAAAAUUUGCGCAGGGGUACAAGGAAAGAAGAGGCGCGUUUAAUUUCUCUUGAUCUCUUCCUUGCUUUGCUUUGCUUUUGCCUUCUCGUCGCUUCGUUCGGUGUCUCUUCGGUCAAAACUUCCUCAUUUGGCGUUUAUGCGCACGGCAACUUUCUCUCGCUAUGGAGACGGCGUUUCGGACGGCAUCCAUGCGAUGGUGAAUGGGUGUUACUUUCUCGAUACAUCUCGUUGCCUCUUCCACUCGGCUCUUGCUUGUCUCUACUGUAUAAACUCUUUGUGCAUUCUGCUUGUUGUUUCCUCAGGUCGCCUCUCCCCCCCCCCACACUUUCCUUGACGUUGUUGUUACCAGAUCUUCUGUACAAUUCCGUAGCAACAUCAACAUUUUCUCUGUUGCUCUUCCAAUCACAAUCACAAUCACAACUACACACAACUAAGAAAUAA